AUGCCUGAACGUGAGCUCUCACCAUAUAGCGCCCGCGUUGCGCUUACGCAGAAGCUGCAGCAGGGACAAGGCAGCCAGUCUGCGCCUGCGGAGCAUAAGAGUCGGCCAUGGGACACGCGCGGCCCACCACCUGAGCGGAGGCAGAAUGGUCACGACCAAUCACCAAUGCAACAAAAAGGGCGGGGACGGGGCGGAAGACUGUCGCCGCCAUCAGACGGGAGUAGCGGAGUGAGGGAGAAGAGCAAGCCAUCGCCCCCAAGAAGUGUGAGGGACGGCUCACCAGAGGACCGAUCGCAGAAGGCGAAGUCGAAGGACCCAUCCAUUGAACCUGAACUAGCCGCACGCCAACGUGAGGCAUCUCCAGAGCCAUACAGGAAACCGCGCGAAGCUUCGAGAGAGAGGGAGAGGCAUCGAUCGAGGCACAGGGAUCGUUCGAAGGACAGGCACAACAGGAGGGAUAGACAUCGCUCUAGAGACCGGGACAGGACGAAGGACCGCGAUCGAUCACGAGGCCGGGACAAAUCAAAGGGUAGAGACCGUUCAAGAGAUCUACACAGGGAAAAACAUCGUGAAAGGUCCGGCGAGCGCAAGCGCGACGGAUCCCGAGAGAGGAAGAGAUCAAGAGGCCACGAGACGAAACGUGAGCGCUCAAGGGACCGCUAUCGUGAUCGUCCGCACUCUCGAGAUAGAAAUAGAGACCAACAAAGACAUCGCGACCGUUCAAAGGACCGCCGCUCACGCUCCCCUCGCUCCAACCGCGCCGCCAAGCGCAGUUCUCCGUCCUCUUCACCGCCGCCCAAACGCCGCCGCAAACGCACACCUUCCCCUCGCGCACUCCCUCUCCCCACCCCGCUCCAACCGCCCCUCCCCGAUCAAGAAGUCUCCUUCCGCGGCUCUGACAACAGCGCCCUGCCCCCAACCAAAUAUGGCGGCGCACCCCCCAACCUUGAAAAACCCAACUUCAAACCCACAGGCCUCCUCGCCAAAGCCGCAAACAAAGUCGAAGGCACAAAGAUAUCACUGAAAUACCACGAGCCGCCUGAAGCGCGGAAACCGCCUUCUUCACAAGCUUGGAAAGUGAUUGUGUUCAAGGGAGAGGACGUGGUCGAUACGAUCGAGCUGGGUGUCAAGAGCUGCUGGUUGCUUGGCAGGGAGGUGAAGGUCGUGGAUUAUGUGCUUGAGCAUCCGAGCAGCAGUGGGCAGCAUGCUGUGAUCCAAUUCCGGUAUGUGACGAAGACCGUGCAGGAUGAGUAUGGGGUGAAGAAGACGAAGGGGAAGGUCAAGCCGUAUGUGAUCGAUCUAGAGUCGAGCAAUGGGACAGAGCUCAAUGGGGAGAGGGUGGAGACUUCAAGGUACUUUGAGCUAAGGGAUAAGGAUAUCCUGAAGUUUGCAGGGAGUGAGAGGGAGUAUGUUGUUGUGUUGCCGCCGCCUGAGGAACGGAAGGAGUGA